AUCAUCUGGCUAUACUGCACGUUCUGUAAGUCUCACGGCCGCCAUUUUGACAUACAGAACGCUGUGAGACCUGCGGUAUUUAGCUAACUUAUACAGUUAUAUAUACGUUGAUCGAUAUAAGAAGUGUCAAGCUUAGCUGCAAAUUACACAUCUAAGGUUAUUUAGCUUCUAUAAUGAGUAGUGCAUCUCACGGAACCAGCACUUGGGCAAGUGUUGCUGCUCAGGCUCCAUCAGGUGCCGCAGCAGCAACUCCUGCUCAGCCACAGUGGUUCCCUCCUCCCGGAGCUUAUCCGGGCUAUGCGGCUCCAUAUGGUACACCAGGUGCCGCAGCUCCUCAGGGAUGGCCAGCAUAUGCUCCUGGAGCCACAGCAUAUCCAGGUUACACGGGCUAUCCUGCUGCAUGGCCUUAUCCUGGCAUGGGGACACCUCCGCCGCCUCCACCUCCACCUGCUGAAGAAGGCUCGGAGAGCAAAGAUAAAAGUAAGAGUGAUGAGAAAGCAACUAAAUCAUCCUCAGAAAAGAAGUCCUCUUCCUCAGAAAAGAAGAGUAAAGAUAAGAGUUCAAAGAAAUCCAGCUCUUCAGAGAAGAAAGAGUCUGGCUCUUCGAAGAAGGAGUCAAGUUCAUCCAAGAAAGAAUCAAGCAGUCAAAAGAAAUCUUCAGAAGAGCAAAGUCAAACUACUGAAAAUGCAGCUUCUUCAGCUCAGGCAUAUCCUACCCCUGAUUAUACAGCUGCUGAUUACACUGCAUAUUACUCCCAAUACCAUUAUCCUGUUUAUGGUGGUUGGUAUGGCCCAAGUGGUCCUCCACCCAUGCCAAAUGUGGCUGCAUACAAUCACACUACCACUUCUGAAGCUACAGAUGCUAACAACUCAAGUUCAUCAUCUGGAUCCCCAGUGAAGUUUAGUCCCCAAAACAAGAAAGCUGCUGGGUAUAAUACAUUACAGGGUCAGACCCCUCAACAAACCCAAGACCUAGCUCUCCCACCCCUUGAUUUUAGCCAGCCCCCUCCUAACUUCAGUCAACCCCCUCCUAACUUUAGUCAGCCACCCCCUAACUUUAAUCAACCACCACCUGGUCAGUAUCAACAGUCUCCUGGAAGUCAUCACCACCAUUCAAGCAACCAAAGAUCCAAACAAGCAUCUGGUCAGCACCGUCAGUCACCACCACCGCAUUAUCAACAGCAGACUCGCAAUCAGUAUGAAGAAGAUGGUUCAAACAGGGGCAGCAAACAAAAGUACAAUAGUAAUAGUAAUAGUUCCAGUAAAGGAAAAGGGAAUACCAUGUCCGGUAAUCCUUGGUCAAAUCAUCGUUAUGGUCAAGGAUUUGAGGGGAAGGAAAAUUAUGAUGGAACACCAUAUAAGAAUGACAGUUCUAGUUACAAAGGUUCAGGAAGUUCCUCCUACAAAAACUCUGAUAGUCCCUAUAAGAAUGCAGAAAGCCCAUAUUAUAAAAAUAAUGAAAGUUCAUAUAAGGGUGGGCAGUAUAAGGGGUCUGAGAGUGGAUCAUCUUACAAAGGUAGUCAACACAAGGGUUAUGAUAACUCCUCGUACAAAAGAUCUGAUGGUUCAUCCUCAUACAAAGGUAGAACUUCAGAUAGGGCAGAACGUGCAGACAGUCAAGGAGCUAAAAAGCAAGAUUCCAAGGGAUCCAAGCCAUCCAAGGAAAGGGGAGCUCCAGAUGCAGCUGGAGGCGAUUGGCCUGAAUCACUCAAAUCAUAUGUUGGCCGCUGUUUUGCUCGUUGUGUAACAGAGUUAGACAAGGACCAAGUUGAGAUUUGUUUAAAAGGAAAAUUAACCCAAGCAGCAAACAAUGGCACUUUGUGGACCAAGAACUGGGAUGAUGAGCCUCUGCCAAAUGUUUUCAGUCAGUCUGAUACCUCAGGAUCCCAAAAUAAGAGUAACUGGAAUUCAACAAAUGACACCAGUUUUACCCCUAGUGCUACUCCAAUGAAACAUGACAAGAAGGGGCUGAAUAAAAAACCAGAUGUACCGUCUUAUGGACAGAAUCGUGUUGUGAGAGGUUAUAGUAGAUCUGACAUAGAAUCUCCUCCACGUUCCCGGUCUCGAUCACCGCCUUAUCGACGUGGAAAGCGCGACAACAGGCGAGAACAGUCUUCAUCAGAGGAAAUGGAUGAAUCUGCUGAUGGUUUUAUAAAAUUAGACACCAAAAAGAGAAGUCGAAGUCCUGUAUCCAUGAAAGAUAAAGGAUUUGCAAAGAAGAUUAAAAAACCUAAGGCUGAUCCUGACUGCCACUUUUACUCGGAACAUGGCCUCAUGCACCUUGAUGCUGAUCUACGUACCACUGAGCGUUUAGAGAAACGGGCAGCUCGUUUCAGUGCUGUGGGUGCUCCAAAGAAGCCACAGGCAGCUGAAAGAGGAGGCAAAUUUUCUGCUGGAAGAGGCCGUGGCCGAGGGAGGGGCCGAGGAAGGGGCUUGGAAUUGCAACAGGAUGAUAGUGUUCAGCAAAGAUCAGAAGGGUUUGGUGGUCCAAAGAGUUCAUUUGGUGGACCCAGGAAUUCUUUAGGUGGUGCUAAGAAUGCUUUUGGCACAAAGAAGAAAAAGCAGUUACAUAUUGCAGAUGCUGUCAGUGCUGCUUUCACUCUUGAUGGUGAUGAUAUUGAUUGGACAUCCAUUCAUAUAGUUGGAACAUCAACUGCACUUGAGAAAGAAUAUCUGCGUCUAACUUCGGCUCCAGAUCCAGACACCGUAAGAACUGUAGAUACCUUGAAGAAGUCUUUAGAGCACAUCAAACGCCAAUGGGUCCGAAACCAGGAUUAUUUCUAUGCUUGUAAUCAGUUGAAGUCCUUACGACAGGAUCUAACAGUUCAAGGGAUUAGAGAUGCAUUUACUGUACAGGUAUACGAAACCCAUUCACGAAUUGCAUUAGAGAAGGGCGAUCAUGAAGAAUUCAAUCAGUGUCAAAGUCAACUGAAACAGCUCUACGCAGAGGUUGGAGGGGAUAAUGCUUUCGAGUUCAUCGCUUACAGAUUAUUAUAUUAUAUCUUUACGAAAAAUACCCUAGAUAUCACUGCACUUAUGGCUGGGUUGACAUCACAUCACAAACAGGAUGAGUGCAUCAGCUUUGCCCUUAACUUACGUAAAGCAUGGUCUCUAAAGAAUUAUCACAGGUUCUUCCAUUUGUAUCGAAAUGCACCUAAAAUGGCUGGUUAUCUUGUUGACUGGUUUGCAGAGAGGGAGAGGAAACAAGCAUUGAGGACUAUGCUCAAAGUCUAUCGGCCGGGUAGUAUCGAUGUCAGUUUUGUUAGGUCGGAGUUGGCUUUGGGAGCAGAUGAAGAUUGGUUAAAGUUUGAAGGCGGCUUGGGUUUGACUUAUACAGAUGCUUCAAAAACCAAGAUUGACUGUAAAACUUCUGUUGUUGAUGUUCCUACACCAGAGUAACUUAUUUGGAAGAUUUAUGGACAUCAAGAGAGAUGAGCAUUGUUUGCUUCUCAUAAAUUUCUGAAGCUUCAUGCCCAGUCUACCAGAUCUACAAUAUUGGAGAAUGUGGGUUAGUGUGGUCGUUUGGAUAAAGGAAGAUAAAGUGUCCUCUUGCUUAUUCUGUCACAAUGUGAUUGUGGACUUGAAAAUGGCCUGUUACAGGUAUUCAGUAGGACCUCGUUCUUUCCAGUUGCUGUUUUUAAAAUGUCCAUGAGGUUAGGUAGGCACUGGUGCCUCAAUAGACUUAUUAAGUUAGAACCAUACUUAUAUAUAUAUAUAUAGUAUAUUUAUAGUGUACAUUUUUCUCCUUGAGUGGUUUGGACUGUAUUUGAGAGGUUAUGAUUUUAGUAUCAUACAUUUUUGAAAAUAUUUUUGUGCAAGAGUCGAGUCGUUCUGAUGUUUCAAGCAUUGAAACGGACACUGUGCAGUGACUUUGGACUGUGGUUCAGAUGGUUUAUGAACUGUCUUCAGGAAAUCUAAGACUUUUGUCUUAAUCACUGAAUUCUGUUGGAUUCAAUGUCACUCAGUAAGCCUCAAGUGAUAUAUAUAAUGAUUUUCAUCUUAAUCUUUGCACAAACUUCUACAUUCUUCUUGAUCAUUUGUGUGUAUGAAUGUGGAGUGAGUAUGUGCUUCCAAAGUUAUGGAGUUUUUUAGUAGCAUAUUUUCAAGUGAAUACAUCAUAACUAAUUUGAUAUCUAGAUCUACCAAAGAAAAUCAUCAUCUUUGGACUGCCAUGACAGAAGAAAACGAAAUUCUCAGGGCUACCAAAGAGGAUAAUCACUCCUUUGGGGAGAUGUUUAUAAUCUCAGGUAACUCAAGGAUUGCAUAGUUGUGGAUCUACACGACGACUCUGGAUCAUCAGUAAGUUACAGGGUCUACACGACGUCUCAGGAUCUUCACGGCACCAUGAAUUGCAGUUGGUGGUUGAUUGUGGUAUGCUGUUCUUCACCGUACCUUGUGUCAUCUAUACUUUUUGUAAGCACUUACUAAAAUGGGUGUUUGGAAUUUUACAUUUCAUAUGACAUAAACUUCAUCGUUUUCAUAAAGUUCACUGCCACCUCCAUUAUCACAGAUUUUUAUUUCACGUCACUCAUUCCAAGUCUAUUGAAGCAUAUCAGUGAGAAGUUUAGAUGGGGAUCAUUAUUAUUGAACUUGAGGCAACAUGGUGAUAUUCCAACAGAUCAAUUUAUUGGGGUUACCCCUACAACGGAAAACUUAGUUCAUCUGUAACAUAAUGGACACAUGAAUUAAGGGUAAUUCAUCCAUUAAGCUGCAGGCUUUGUCUAAGCAGGUGGGUUGUCAGUUAGCCAUGGAUAAUCUUGGCGUUUGUUUGCACAACAAUGACAUUGAAAGUUUCCGAUCCAUUCUGUUUUCAAAGUGAUUGUUCGGCGUUUUGUAGAUGAUCAUAGUUCCAAGUUAAUGCUUUCUAAAGUCUAAUCACAUUUGAAGGGAAGAAGUUCAGCCCAAGGAAUUUUUUCUGUCCAUAUGCCACCAGUUUUUCAUUGGUAAGUGUUGUGCCUCUUAGGAUUUCGUAAAUUCCUAUACAUCAGAAUUGAUGGAGCAUUCACAAGUAUUUUAGCAGACAACCACUGUAGUUCCUGUGUACUCUACUACAAUCAACAAGUUCCAGUCAUCAUAGUCAAGAUGGUUCCAGGACUGCAUCAUCCAUGUCAGGUUUUACAGUGGCACUUCUCCAAAGUAAUGGAUCCUGCAAGCAGAUGUUUUAUUAUAAGAGCCACCAUAAGCUGAUUUCCAGUAUUCCAGCAGUUACUUCAUUUUUGUUAUGUCAUUCCAGUUGCUUAGUAUUUAGUGCUUGUAUUGUGAUCAAACUUUCGUAUGCUGUAUCUGCUGUGAGUUUUAAGAUGACAGUGUUUCAGAGUAUAAUAGCAUUUUUGACAAAGUUGCAUUUAAGAGACGACUUAAUUCAUAAAAACAGAAAAUGUUUGUGGAAUCAGCUAACUGUCCGUAUUACGUAAAGACAUUUGCCAAAUUCCCCUUCAAGAUCAUUCAAGGACUUUCAGUUAACUGCCAAGGUGUAUGUGACAAUUGUGUAUAUAUUUUGAACUGAAAAAAUAAAAUUAGCACUUGAAAGGCUGUUUUAACAAGACAGGAAGCCUUCUGUAAUUUUAGAAAUCUAAUCUUUUGUAAAUGGUUUUUCUUUCUGAGAACGUUUGUAGCUUAUUACAAAAGUAUUUUUUGAUAAGUGGGCUUCAAAUUAGAGUAUUUGUUACUUUUCACCAAUGUUUGUGGUGUCUCAAAGAGUGAUGGUAUCAUCGUAAAUUAUAUGACUUGUAUAUAAACUUCCUUCAUAAUAAAUUAAUAAAACGAUAUUAAA